AUGGCGAAUGACAAGCAGAUCGAAUCUCACCACCGCAAGCACCACCGUCCGUCUUCCUCUUCCGACGAGGCCGAUAAAUCAUCGAAGCGGCAUAAGCACCGUCAUCACAAGCACCACCACAGGCGCCAUCACCGACAUCACCGUGAUAAGAAGCGCGACGAUGAAAUUCCAUCCGCCGGAGAUGACACAGAGGCGAAAGAUGCCACUCCGAUUCCGGCGGCUCCGAUUGGAGUUAGUAACGGCGGCGAGGAUGACGUGGAGGAGGGGGAGAUUUUAGACGAAGCGGGGAUUGCCAAUGUUAAGACGUCCGAUUCCGACGGCGAGUCCGGCGAAAUCAAAUCCGAUCAAAUUCAAGACAACGAUCUGCCUUUGGAUGGAGUUUCUGGUGCUAAAUGUUUUGGGAAAACUGAGAAAAUUUUGGGAGAAGCCGUGAGUUCUAAUGGUUUUCUAACUCGUGAGUCUGAAAGGGAGGAUAAGAGGUUGUAUAAAGAAGGAGGAGAUCCUUCAGAGAGAGUUGGUAAGAGACGUUAUGAUAAUGGCAGGAGCUCAUUGUCUCCGGAAAGCUCUGAAGAGAAGCAUAAGACUAGGAACCGGUCUCCGACAAACAGCAGGCAGUCUAAUGAAGUACGUGCUCGGAGUAGAUCUAGGUCGCAUGAUCGGGAGAGGGAGGUAUCAAGAUCAAGGGUUCUUGUGGCUGAUGAUUUUUCGGACAGAGGAAGACAUCAUGAUUCUAGGAGGGAUUAUCGCCAUGACAGAGUUGACUCAGGGAGGACUGAGGAGAAAUAUUAUCGACGUGGGCGAUAUGAGGAAGAUGAAAGGCAAUAUAGUCGAGAAAGGGAAAGAAGUAAGGAGAGGGGUAUGGACAGAGAGGGAAGCAUAAGAGACAGGGAUUCAGAAGGAAGUAAAUGGAGAGAAAGAGAUAGUGGUCGGAGGGAAAGAGAACGAGAGAAAAGGAGAGAGAUAGAGGCUGACUGUGAAAGGCGAAAAGACAAGGAACGAGAGCGCAGCAUUGAUAGGGACAGGGAUAGGAGAAGGGAGAGGGAAGGAGAUUAUUUACGAGGUAGAGACAAUGAAAGAGCUAGGAGUAGAGAUAGAACCAGGUAUGAUAGCAGAGAGAGGAAGAGAGAAAAGGAAAGGGAGAGUGACAAAGAAAGAGAAAUCCAGACUGAUAGGGAGAAGUAUAAAAGUGUUGAUGUGGACCACGGUGAAAGGUCCAGAAAUGAGGAUGAUAAAAAUGAGAAUGACGAAGUUAUAUGGGAACUUCCGGAAGAAGAAGAAGAAGUUAAUAGAAUUAAGGAGGAGAGCAGGAAGCGAAUGGAAGCUAUACUGGAGAAAUAUAAGAAUAAGUCUGAGCAGCAAAAUGAACUUUUAUCUCAGGAUAAGGGGAAAGAUGUUGUUCAACAAACUGGUGCUGGUGCUCCAGAUUCGUCGUCUUCUGCAGUUGUCAUAGCUGCUAAUGGUUGUGCAGACAAAGCUAACUCAGAGUUUGAUGAUGUUGCCAAGAAAUCAUUAACAGCUGGUGGGCCGCCUACUAUAUUUGGAAUUUCCGACUCAGAGAGGACACUAGCUCCAGCAGGCCUUGGUGAAGGUAGCCCGAAGAGUGAAAGAUCAGCUGACAUGUUUCAUGAUGAUAUUUUUGGAGAGUCUCCAGCUGGUAAUCAGAAAGCGGGUCACAUGCGAGGGAAAGGUGAUGGUGUUCCGAUGGUAAGGAGCGGGCUCCAUGAUAAUUGGGAUGAUGCAGAGGGUUAUUACAGCUAUCAGUUUGGCGAGCUAAUUGAUGGUAGAUAUGAAGUCAUUGCUACUCAUGGAAAAGGUGUAUUCUCUACGGUGGUCCGUGCAAAAGACUUAAAAGCUGGUCCAGCUGAACCUGAAGUAGUGGCUAUAAAAAUUAUCCGUAACAAUGAGACAAUGCAUAAAGCUGGCCAGAUUGAGGUUCAGAUAUUGAAGAAGUUGGCAGGCGCUGACCGAGAGGACAAGCGCCACUGUGUUCGUUUUCUUUCAAGUUUUAAGUACCGAAAUCACCUCUGCUUGGUGUUUGAGUCGCUUCAUUUGAAUCUUCGUGAGGUCUUGAAGAAGUUUGGCCGCAACAUUGGUCUUAAACUCUCUGCUGUUAGGUCUUAUUCAAAGCAGCUAUUCAUUGCCCUUAAACAUCUGAAGAAUUGUGGGGUUCUUCACUGCGAUAUAAAACCUGACAACAUGCUGGUGAAUGAGAACAAAAACGUGUUAAAGCUUUGUGACUUUGGUAACGCAAUGUUUGCUGGCAAAAACGAAGUUACGCCAUAUCUCGUUAGUCGCUUUUACAGAUCUCCUGAAAUCAUUCUGGGGCUCACCUAUGACCAUCCACUGGAUAUAUGGUCUGUUGGCUGCUGUCUGUAUGAGCUUUAUUGUGGGAAGGUUCUUUUCCCUGGCGCCACAAAUAAUGAUAUGUUACGUCUUCAUAUGGAACUGAAAGGCCCCUUCCCUAAGAAGAUGCUUCGCAAGGGAGCAUUUAUUGAUCAGCAUUUUGACCAAGACUUGAACUUUUACGCUACAGAGGAGGACACUGUUAGUGGGAAGAUGAUAAAGAGAAUGAUUGUAAACGUAAAGCCAAAAGAUUUUGGUUCAAUCAUUAAAGGUUACGCUGGCGAGGAUCCCAAGAUGUUGGCUCAUUUCAGGGAUCUCUUGGACAAAAUGUUCAUCCUUGAUCCCGAAAAGAGACUGACAGUGUCACAGGCAUUAGCUCACCCAUUCAUCACUGGCAAGUGA